AUGCCGAAGAAGGAAUCCAGAGGUCGUCAAAAGAUCAAAAUGGCUAAGAUUAAGAAUCCUAGUCAUAGACAAGUGACCUUCUCAAAACGCCGUUUAGGUCUCUUUAAGAAGGCUAGUGAAAUCUGCACCCUUUGUGGUGUAGAAGCCACAAUAAUUGUGUUUUCCCCUGGCCAAAAAAUCUUCUCUUUUGGUCAGCCAGAUGUUGAAUCUAUAGUCAAUCGUUACGUUAAUCGUAACCAAAUAUGUUCUGAGGGUGUCCAUGGAGGUCAACAAACUACUACUAUGCGCGAACUCAACUCGCAACUGUCCAAAAUACUUGAUCUCCUAGAGGCUGAAAAGGCUAGGGGCGAAGUGUUUGACAACUUGAAGAAAAAUCCUAGCCAAUGCUGGUGGGAGCAACCUAUUGAUAAGCUUGGCUUAAAUGAACUCGAAAUUCUGAGAGCUUCAAUGGAGAAUCUUAAUAUGAAUAUAGCUACGCAAGCUAAUUUCUUGGAGAAAAACACUUCUUCUCCAAUUCAUCAAAUCCAUCGAGGAUAA